UAUAAAUUAAGUAUAUAUCGUUUACUUUUUGUUAUUUCAUAGUAAAAAGUUGCGUUUUUACUUUCUAUUUCUCCGCUAAUUUUGAGUAAGAGACUUGAGUUGACUACAAAGUUGUCUUAUCCUCGUAAUGGGACGUUUUGGCAACUUUGCUUGGACAGUGGUUUGUGAGAGUAAUAGUCACUGUUUAUACCAAUUUCGCGUUGAAAAUCUUCCAUAGUCCAUUGUAAUUCGUAUCAUUUUUCAUUCUUCAAUUAGAACUGAGAGUGUGAUUCACUGUCAAUCCUAUACUUGGACUCCUAACAGAGAAGUCCUACCCACUACCUUUCGUGCCGGGGGUGUUGUUUACGAAAUUGAGAGGAAGAAAAGCGAUGGUCUGGCACUUUAACCAGGUUGAUGGAUGCGGGUAGUUGGAAAACCCUGAUUCCAAACCAGUAGUAUACAUGGGCUCCAGGAUCCUAAGGAAAAAAAUGGCGUAUGAAACAAUUGUUAGCCACCGGCUACCAUGGGACUGCAUCUCCUUAUGUUGCUUAACUGCCUUGUGGAUUAGACUUUUAGGUCAAAGGUUCGGGGUGUGGCCAUCUAUGAAAACCACCUGCUUCGGUUUUGGCACCCGGGCAGUAUCCCAGCCCCUCGAAUGAUUUAUGUGGCGCAUAUUUGUUUGGUGCCUCUUUGUACCAAUGUUUAUGUGUUUAAAUAAAUAAGCAAAUACUCCUGACAAAUGGUUGUGUAGUUUAGUUAAUUUGAAGUUGUCUCACAUUUUAUGUACGUUGAUAAUCACUUGAAAUGUCGUUCAUUCUGCUGAAGUUGAUAAAAUCUUAAUGUUUCUUGAGGUUUUUUACUCAUAUUAUUGGAAUGACCUACUGAAAGUAAGAUAUUCUCGUCAUGAAACGAAUGAGUAAAUCUGUUCUCUAAUCAUAUUUCAGUAGAUUUCGUUGUUGCACAUAAAUAACCGAAAUACAAGAUUAAAACACUAGCAUUACCGUGUAUAAAAUACUAAAAGCUACACCCGGUAAAUUCUUAUUUUUCAUUUAUUGGGAUCUUACUUCAGGCUUGUCACAGUUAUGAUUAUAUGUAUAGGGCGAUAUUUAAAAAAAUCAUUACAUUGGACAGUAAUAGGACUGAAUGCUUCUUAGUGUGAUAGCUGCUCAGACACUUCUCCCUGACAAUCCUUUUUGUCUGAUAACCUCACAUUUUUACAUGUAUUAAGUUUCAUUAUGAAGGUUAGGUAUUUUAUAUAUUGAACUUAUUUGACUAUACUGUUCAUUAUGGAUUCUGUUUCUCACCAUGAAUCAGUAGUAAUCUGAGGAUUUAAAUACAUUCUAGUAGUCAUUAUCGCAAGAUAUUCUUCUUUGGAAAUCAAUCAUGUAUUAAGUUAACCAAUUUAUUAGUCUAAUAAUUUCGUUCUGUUUACAUUCUUUAUAGGUCCGAUGCCGAUUUCAGUGGAUAGAGAACGCCGUGCGAACGCCGGAGCCCGGAUGGCUCGGUUGCUGAAUGAAGAGGAGGAGGAUGAAUUCUAUUCCAAUAUUUAUGGCGGAUUUGCAGAAGAAGAAGAAGAUGCAGAUUAUCAGUCAGAAAGUUCAGUUGAAGAUGUAAUUGACUCUGAUUUCGCUGAUGAAAGCAGUGAAUCUGAUGAAGAUGACGCAACAGCAAUAGCAUCGGAUGAUGAUGAGAACAAACGCCAAAAGCGUCAAUCUAAUCGUGUUGUUACGAAGGGUUACAAAGAACCUAAACGUGCUAAAAUUACUCGUCCUCAAGAAAACAAAUCUGAUAAGAAGGCUAAUAGUGAUAAAAGUCUAACUGAUUCUCAGAGUAAAUCUACUGUACAAAUUAAAGAUAAGCAACAACAGAUAACAAUAACAAAGAAAACUUCAGGGCAGAUUUCAACUUAUGAACGACCAGAAUUACGGGCAAGCACAUUACAAGCUACAGCUGAUCAAGAAGCCGAAACCACGCGUAGACGAAUAGCCACUGCCGAAAAUACAGCUGUUCGUCGUAAAGCGUUACUAGCUGAAAUCGCUCAGCGCAAAAAUCUUCCGGAAGUUCGGCGUUUAACUCAAGAAGAAUUGUUGGCUGAGGCAAAAAUCACGGAAGAAAUUAAUCGUCGUUCUUUAGCUCGAUAUCAACGCUUAGAAAUUGAAAAGAAAAAAGCACGUAUCCAAAAAACAGUCAAUUCAACUCCAAUGAUUCGUUAUCAUUCAUUUACUGUUCCAAUUAUUGAGGAACAGCACAAUAUAUACGGAGUGUUAGCUAGUAAUGAUGAUGAGUCAACUAUUCGAGCUGGUCCCAUAAUUACAGAUCCUUCAGCUAAAUGUUCAAGAAAUCUUAUAACAUUUGCUAAUGAUGUAUGUUUUCGUGAUUCAAUGCCUAAAACAAUCACUCCACUUCCAGAGCCUGGUUGCCCUGCUCCUACUUCUAUACGUCCAGAACGUCGUUUACGUAUAUGUCCAAUUACUGGUUUACCAGCACGUUAUUUAGAUCCACUAACUUUAACACCAUACGCUAAUUUAGCCGCUUUUCGUGUACUUCGACGUUUAUAUUCUGUACAUUUAGAAACAAAAAAACCACCAAUCGAAUUAUUACGUGAAUAUCGGCAUGGUCGUUAA